AUGUCUGCCGUCGAGAUUCCUACAUUCGACUUGAACGACGGGAAUAAGAUUCCCGUCAUCGCGUUUGGUAGUGGCACACGCUUCUACCAGAAGCCAGCGGAAGAAGCCGCCAAGAUGGCGAUUGACGUCGGCUUCAACCACAUCGACGCGGCCGCAAUAUACCUGAACGAAGAGGACGUCGGGCGUGCGAUCAAGGCAGCUGGCAAGCCGGUAUACGUGUGUACCAAGUAUGACGGCGGCGACGAGCAGGAAGAGUUCCGCAAGAGUCUAACCAAGCUCCAACUCUCGCAAGUCGACCUGUACCUGCAUCAUCACCCCAAAGUCAGCAAAGACGGCGACCACGCCAAAGCCUGGAAACAGUUCGAAAAGAUGGUCGACGGCGGACUGGCCAAGUCCGUCGGCGUGAGCAACUUUGAGGUGUCCGAACUGAGCGCCAUCCUCGGUUCCAACCCGCGGAUCAAGCCCGCUGUUAAUCAGAUACGGCUGCACCCGUACAACUAUGCCGCGUCGAAGCCUUUACUCGAUCUGUGCGCUGAACACGGGAUCGUCGUCACUGCUUUCAGGUUGCUUCUCCCGCUCACGCGUGCGCCUGGCGGACCAGUGGACGCGGUGAUUGCGCGCAUUGCGGAGCGUAUCGGCGGGAGCGCUGCACAGGUGUUGUUCAAAUGGGCGCUCGCGAAGCGUGUCGUCAUCAUCACAACGAGCGAGCGCGAGGAGCGCCUAAAGGAGUACCUCGCCACGUUCAAGCUGCCUGACUUGACGGACGAGGAGAUCGCGGAGAUUGAGAAGGCGGGAAAGGAGGGUGAGCAGUUCGCGGCGGCCGGAGCGCCGAACGUGGCGGCUAUCGAACAGACGCUCAAGGAGAAAUUGCAGCAGAAGUAG